AUGUUUUGCCCAACGACUCUGCAAAAUCUCUGUGACCAACAAACAACAAUCAAUGAGUCGGUCUCUUCGAACAAAGCGAGUUGUCCUCUAAGCCAAGGAAAACGUACUUGGCAGGAUGCGAGCGAGAUAUCUCCAACCUACGAAACGAUUUCGCUAUUUAGGAAAAGUUUUACAUUCUGCAAUCGCUUCAUUAAGAAAGCUAUUCAUGUGAAUUUCAGCUUGAUUCGAGGGGCAGGAGGACUCGCGAUUAGCCCUAUACUCACCAUACAAACGGUUGUUUCAGCAGACUCUCCAGUUUACCGGCUUAUAGCCGAGAAAAAAAGAGAGAUAGAGGAAGGGAGAGUCGACGGUGUCGUUUACUUCGAUGACUACCCGAACCAACUGGAGAACCUGUUUCGAGGAGGUUCGAGACCCUCUGAGAUUCUGCCUGAUGGAACAUCUAUUCUACAUGCCCUUGUCGAAAAUGCUCAGUACGGAUCUGCAACUCUCUUUGGCGCCUUUUUAAAGCACCUUCUGGAUAAAUACACGUUUCCUGUCAAUGUCCAAGGGCAACAGGGCACAGUGUUAGAUAUGAUCAUCGGUUCAUCUAUUAUUGCUUUUGAUCUCCACCCCACAGAAGACCAUCUGAUUGAAUGGUCAAACAUAUUUUUCCAUCUAUCUUCCAAGGGGGCCAUGACUUCCCCACGGUCACAGAAAUCCAUCCAACGCCGUACGUUUUGUCUUGGAUCAUCGGGAGUUGGAGAGCACAGUGACUUCAACAAGCUCAUCCCAGUCCUUUUGAAACGGGGCAGUAUUGAAGCUUGGUGCAGAAUUCUAUCUUUCUGA